AGUGACGCCGCCAUUCAAACCGCGAAGCAUGGCAUGUUGGGAUACAUUUUCUCAUCAUGGCGGAUCAGUCAGUUGGCUAAUGUGAACGACUAGCAUAUUCAGCGAUUAUUUGGUUUCUCAAAUUGCAGGACUACAGCCAGCUGGCUUUUUCUACACGGGGACUGCAGCCGUCGAACAGAAACUGGUGUUGAGUGAGAGAGCAGCACACCAGUGAAGUUAAGAGGGCCUUUACAAAACCAGCAGUACCGGCACAAUGGAAUGUGCAGUGGAUAUCCCCUCAGGUGAGGAUGAGGCACCAGAGAAAGAUGACAUGAAUGCCAAGGAAGAGAAUGAGCCACCCCACAAGAAAAACAAGAAGCACAGAAAACACAAGAGCAAGAAGAAGAAGAGGAAGAGGAAGGGGGAAAAGGAGAGCAGUUCAGAAUCAGGUGCUGAGUCGGAUGUAGAGCCACCACCUCCACCGAGACCUGUUCGAACCACCAGGGCCAGUGCAAGACUGGCAGCAGCUGCAGGAGCUGGAGACCAUGAUGUGUUACAGGAAGAUAGCAAAAGGGAUGUAAUUACAGAUCGUGGGGACACAGAAGCUGAUGCAAAGUCCAAAAAACACAAAAGACAUGCUGCCAAGAAGAAGAAGAAGAAAAAGAAGAAAGAUGAAAAGCAGGAGAAGAAAUCCCCAUCUCGCUCCCCAUCAGAAAGCAGCUCAGCUUCAGGUUCUGAAUCUGAAGGUGAAGGAGGUAAAGGGGCUGGUGAUGCCAAAUACUCUGUAGCUGCAGCAUCUGAUCUGCAAGAGCCAGUGUCCAAACUAGUUCCAAAAAGCAAACGAGGGGAAGAGAAAGGGGUUCCUAACCUUAUACAGAAACCAGAAUUGCUUGGAGUGAAGAAAGAGGAGAUAUCCGAUAUGGAUGUGUCCCCAUCUGGAGGGAAGGGCGGUAACACCAAUGGAUCAGAAAAAGAUAUAAGUAUGCCCUCUGCAGGCCAGGAUAUAAUAACACAGACGGCAACAGUUUUGGUUAAAACAGAAGGUGGUCAUGCUGAUGGUGCAUUCAGCCUUGCCCAGGAACUCCCUGACAUCAUCCCUAAACAGGAUGGCGCUACCCCAAGAGAUGACCCAGGCCUGAAAGACCAGGCCAAUUCAGUUCAGAUGGCAAAGGUCAAGGAACAAGAUUCUUCCAGGUCUAGGUCUCCUUCCCCCUCCAGGGACGCAGUAAUUAAGAGGUCUGGAUCAAGUCAUAGCCUUUCACCAACAGCAAGUCCUGGUAGACAGCAGUCUGAUGUUCAAACAGCCGCACCAGCUAUGAAAGAGGGAUCAAGAGCCCUUUCUAGGUCAGCAUCAAAGGGAAAAGGUUCUACAACUCCUCUAAAAAGUCGGCAGCUGUCCCGCUCCCUUUCCCGCUCUCAGUCCCCUAAAUCUCGGAGGAAGUCACUCUCCACAUCCCCAAAGUCUCCAAUGAGAGCUAGCUGCCAGUCCCGGUCUACCUCUCGCUCGCUCACCCCCAAGAAAAAGGUGUCAAAGCCUCCAAAGAAAUCCAAGUCUCCUAAACGUCGGAGGAGUUCAUCGUCUGUUUCCCCAAAACGGCAAAGAAGCUCCCACUCUCCCAAAAGAAAGGUGUCACGUUCCCCUAAACGCAGUGGCCGCAGGUCCCCGUCUCUAUCUCGGUCUCCCAGGAGAAGUAGAAGGUCAGAGUCACGUCCCCGUGGAGGCACAAGGCGCUCCAGGACCCGCUCACCUAGACGAGGUGGCAGGCAUUCACGGUCACGUUCAAUCACUCGAAACCGUCGUUCCCACUCUAGAUCUCGACGCCCUGUUCGUCGCUCCAGAACGCGGUCACCCGCUAGGCGUACAGGAGGCAGACGCUCCAGGAGUCGAUCCAUGUCUCGACGUAGGAGGUCACCCCCUCCCAGAUCCCGCCGGUCACGCUCCAGGUCGAUCCGCAGGAGCAGGCGAACUCGAUCACGUUCCAUUGUAGUCCUUAAGCGUAAUCGUCGCUCCAGAUCCAAGAGUCCCCGCAAACGGACCAAAUCCAGGACCCCUCCGCCAAGACGGCGGUCUACAUCAAGGUCACCAGUCAGAAGGCGAUCUCGGUCCCCUGCUAGGAGAAAUCGUUCUCCACCAAAGUCGGGAAAACGCUCCAAAUCCCGUUCUUUGUCUCGCAGGCGUCGGUCAAAGACACAUUCACCACUUCCUGGCAAGAGGAGGUCCAAAUCUCCUAGGAGGAAAGGAAGGAGGUCAAAGUCUAAAUCUGUCUCUGCGGGCUUGAAUAGAUCCAAGUCCAGGUCUGAGUCCAGUGAUGCGCGGUCUGAGAGCUCCUCUCCAGCCAGAUCCACAUCUUCCUCUCCUGUCAAAGAGAAGAAGCCUUCCCCUCUUAAGGCAGAGCAAACAGCUGGUGGGAAGGCAGCUGGAGAAAGUGGCGGAAUGCCAACUACAGCAGGUGGAUGGAAACCCGUGCCCUCAGCAGCUGCCCCCAGCCCUCCUGCCGGAAGCUCCUCAGAGAAGUUGCAGGCCCAGACACUUGCUCCCAAAAAUGAUAAGGAACAGAGGGAGCGUGCCAGUUCAUCCAAUGAACGAGAGGUUUCCAGGUCCCGGUCCGGCUCCAGAGAACCUGGCACUAGCCCAGAAAGGUCAGAUUGUUCAGAAGGCUCCGAUGAAGAAGAGGAUUCUUCCUCUCCGGUUAAAACCAUCCCCACUCUCCUCAGCUCCACAGUGGAGAAGUCGAAGUCACGCUCACCUCCAGAUCGCAGGAAGCUUUCGCGCUCAACUUCAUCACCUCGACGAUCUACAUCCAAGUCUGCAUCUAGAAAGAAGCAGUCAAGGUCCAAGUCUCCAGUGAGGAAAAGAGAGUCUGUCUCUCCAUCAGAAAGAAAGAAGCGACGGUCUAAAUCCCGGAGUCCUGCCCGACGGCGGAGGUCACGCUCCCCCGCAAGGCGUAAGCCAUCCAAGUCACGAACUAGAACCCGUCGGUCCAAGUCCCGCUCUCCAACCCGCAAGAGGCGAUCCCGUUCACCUAAUGCCCGUGUGAGGAGGAGAUCCAAGUCCACAGACAGAAGCAAGCGAUCCAAGAGCCGCUCCACAGGCCGGAGAAAAAGGUCCAGGUCGGGAGAUAGAAGCAGGCGAUCAAGGUCUCGUUCUUCUGAUCGCAGGCGCAGGUCUAGAUCAAGGGGUCGAGGAAGGCGGCCUGCGUUUCGCAGCCGUUCGUUUGAUAGACGUGACCGGUGGAAAAGGGAACCUAGCCACUCUCCAGUUCUCAUUCUUCGCAAACAGCGCCGCUCAGGUUCCCGGACACGACGCAGCAACAGCAAGACUCCACCACGACUCACUGAACUGGAUAAGGAUCAGUUACUGGAGAUAGCCAAAGCUAAUGCUGCUGCCAUGUGUGCUAAGGCAGGGGUGCCCAUUCCUGAGAGUCUUCGACCGAAAGCCAUCCUCCAGCUCCCUCUGCCUACUCCAUCUCCUGCGCCCCUUUCCUUACCUCUACCUUUACCUCUCCCAAUGGGUAUGGGGAUGCCCAACAUGCCGAAUAUGCCCAACAUGGGUCCAAUGGGGUUACCCAAUAUUCCGGGAAUGCCCAGCAUGUCGAACAUCACCAUGAGUGCCGCUAUGGCCAGUAUGACAGCAGCUACUAUGACAGCUGCUUUGACCAACAUGGGUGCCCUGGCUGCCAUGCCUCCCCUUGCCCCACUUCCUACCAUCACUAACAAGCCUCCCCCGUGCCUCGCCCCUCCAACGCCAACCCUUAACCUGGACCACAUCGAGGAAGCAAAGCGGAAGGUCACUCAGCAAGCAAACAUUCACACCAUCAAGGAGCUUACCGAGAAGUGUAAGAUGAUCGCAAAUAGCAAGGAGGAGAUGGCCAUUGCUAAACCCCAUGUCUCAGAUGAUGAAAGCUAAAACCAACAAGCCCCAAUGGCACUGAUGGAUGAUUUUGUCUCUAAUUACUACAAACAAAUUAGAGAAAUUCUCCAAACAAACUGACCUUUUCUCUUUCCAUCUCCGACCACAGCCGCUCCCCUCAGUGGGUGGAAGAAAAAAUGUAAAAAAAAAAAAGAAGACAAAAAAGAAAAAAAUCUACAGGGAGACCUACCUUUCCCACAAUUCCUCUUGGUACCCAGAUCACCUGACUGAGCCUCUUAAACCACCAAGAAGAAGACCACCCUAGUUGUCAUAGCUACAACAUAGGAGCGCUGGCACCUGCCACUGCCCCACUCAGCUCCCCUGUUAGUUUCUGUUUGUGUGAAAGAUAGAAAGACUGGCAAACUGUCGCCUGUGAUACCACUGAGAAAACUGGACACGCUGACAUGUGUGCACAGUUGUAUGACUGUAUAAUGUGUGUGUGUGUGUGUGUGUGUGUGUGUGUGUGUGUGUGUGUGUGUGUGUGCGUCUCUGUGUGAAUUGUGCGUGUUUUUGUAUAUAGUGACUUUCACCACCAACUCCUCAGUGUUGCUGCCAAUUUAAGCAGCCACUGUUGUAAAGACUGAAGAGGAAACAAACCAAACUAACUAGUGGCGCAAGUGUUUUUGUAAAAGAUUAGUUUCUCUAAAUUUGUUUUACUUCUAUGCUUUCUUAAAGGAUUGUGUUAAGUGGAAACUUCUUCCUUGUUCUGCUGUAUUUCCCUCGGUUAUCUCCAGUCCCAGGUUUUAUAAACUGAUAACGCAGAUGAAGUUUUGGUAGUAGUUUUCUCACAUGUGAUUUGUUUUCAGAGUGACCACAUGUUGGAACAAGGUGGCAGAUUUAAGUUUUUUGAAGGAAGGGAAUAAGUUAAUAUAUGGCUGCAAAAAGACGGUUUUGAAUUUUGACUGUGACACGGACACGUAACUAAAUUCAGUUAGUACUGCCCUGGGUAUGACUUUUUUUCCAUCUAUUUUAAAUGGCACCAAGCUCAUGUUUGACCGGAUUUUUCAUUUGGGCUUUGUUGGGCUUUUUUUUUUUCUCUGACUUGGAAACAUGUUUGCUGUAGAUUUACUUGGUUAUUUCAUGUGCCACAGUUUUAACACCCAUAUACUUACAUGCAGUGUUGUGUGUUUAUAUAUGAUAGAAUUUAAGAUGCACACAAACCAUAUACAAGUACAUGCUGGUAAUUUUAAUUGGGUUGAUGGUUAUCUUGGAGAACCCAGAUCUUCAGACCUGGGAACAGAACAAAUCAUGUUCCUGAUAUGAAACGAGGGAUGAAAAAUGCAAUUUCUCUGAAACUUCACACUGUAAACGGCAGUAUUACUAUUGGUUUAGAAGAACAUUUCUGUUUAACUGAGUGACUCAAUACAUGACAAACAUUUGGCAAUUCUAAAAAAAAUUAGCUUCUGCUUUUGCCUUUCUGUUGCUGUUUACAUUAUUUAAACACAAUUUAUCUUGCUGGCUUUUUUAGAAAACACAUUACACGUUGUGCUGGGGAUGACAGAUGACUUGUAGUGGUUUUAGAGUUGAAUGAGAGAAGUUUAGUAAGCCCUGAACUGUGACAUCGUCAAAGUUUUUGUGUAUUAGACAAUCAGGUCCUUUGUCUCAAGAAGGCUUUUUUGAAGAAAGAACUAAAACCACAAUUAAUUUACACUUCUUACAGCAUUCUAUUCAGAUGGCAAAUAGGAGAGAUUUGUUAUUGAAAGAAUAUGUAGUAAUAUGUAGUAAUUGAACAUAAACACCAACCCAACAAGCCCUUUUCAUUUAAUCCACUAAUACAUUUAGUACCUGCUUUAUUUGUAAAUGUUAUUUUGUGAGCUGUGUUGGGGUAAACAAGAUCAGUGAUUCGCUAAAUGCUUUCGUCCCGUUGGAUAACUGAAGAACAAAGACGAAAAUGGUGCUUUUGGGAAAACUGUCAGGGAUGAGGUUUUUAAGGACUCUUGCACUCAUAGCUCGUUUAUUUUCAUUAGAGAGGGAAAUAGUCCUGGAUCCAUCCCACUGUGUCAACCUCUCCAUGCCCAGGGCUGUUUAACUGUAGAAUAUAAUCUGUAAUGGUUUUGUCUGACUGUAACUAUACUGACUCAAUACCAAAAGUGUUGAACUGUUCAGUUGAUUCCCUCAGAUAGCCUUUAGCUAUUUUAAUGACAGGAAAAAGAAGAAAAUGCAUUUUAGGAUUCCUUUUUUGUUUUUUGGUCACUUGAGUAUGACAUCGCUUGCUUUGUACAUAAAUGUGUUGAUGAUUAUUAAAAACCUCAAUGAUCUGUA